AUGAGACUAGAAUCUCCUCUCGGAACCACCACCAUCUUGAUGAUGGUGGGCGCAGCAUCCGCCUUUCCAAAUAUGGGCAACCUGACUUUAGGGAUGAAUCAGUCGGAACCCCAGAUUUCGACCGAGUUGAUUGGCGAUCUCAAGACUCUAGACGACAGCCAGCUGACACAUACGGGAAAGGUCGUCAAGGCUCUCCUGCGGAAUGACGACAACGUACCAGGCGAGGACGAGGCCACAGCCUACCCGGUCCCCCUACCGGCCAAGGGCUCGUCUGUCUGCAAGACACACACGUGCUGCAUCUGGAAGCACGUGUACAACGACAUGAGAAAGGCCAUGAAGGAUGCCAAAGGCGACUGCAACGAUCUGGCUCGCGCUGCCAUCCGUCUUGGCUUCCACGAUGCCGGCACCUGGUCCCGUGAGAGUGACCCCCUUGGUGGCGCCGACGGCUCCAUUGUCCUGGCGGGAGAGUGCGAAUCGCGGGCUGAGAAUAAGGGGUUGGAGACAAUCUGCCAACAGACGAGGAAGUGGUACGACGAGUACAAGCAGUACGGCGUCGGCAUGGCCGAUCUGAUUCAACUGGGGCACAAUGCCGGAACCGUGUUUUGCUUGUCUGGACCCGGCGUGCGCACCUUCGUCGGCCGCAAGGACAGGAGCACGCCAGCACCAGAAGGAAAGCUCCCUACUCAAGAACAGAGUGCGGAUGAGCUCAUCUCGCUGUUUGGGAACAAGACGAUUGCCCCCGUGGGCCUUGCCGCUCUCGUCGGCGCCCACACAUCGGCCAAGCAACGAUUCGUCGACGAAGCCAGAGCAGGCCUUCCGCUAGAUCGCACGCCCGAGAUUUGGGAUACCGACUUCUACGACCUGGUGGCGAGCGACGAAGCCCCCAAGGGUUUCUUCCGGCUGGACAGCGACUACAAGCUCAGUAGACAUGCUCGCGUCCAGCCGGCGUGGGAAUCCUUCAGAGGCUUCAUGGGGCUGUUUCCCUGGCUUCGGGACUAUAGCAGAGAGUAUGUUCGGCUGAGCCUACUUGGAGUCGACAAUAUCAACAGCCUGACCGAGUGCACCCGAGUGUUGACAGACGACUCUCCUGGACCUAUUGACCCGGAGCCCUCUACGUCCAGCCACGUCUCUUCCCAGCCGGCCACGUCGACUCACGUCUCUCCCAAGCUCUCCACAUCCAGCCACGUUCCUUCCCAGCCGACCACGUCGACACGCGCCUCUUCCAAGCUCUCCACGUCUGGCCGCGUCUCCUCCUCCAACGUGGCCACGUCGACGCACAUGUCUGAUGACAAGAAAACUGUCGCCACCACUACCCCCAAUAGAACGAAGACCGCGUCUGUCGACGCCUCUCAGACCUCCAAUCCAGUUGCCACUAUGAUUCCUAGCGCUUCUGCCGCAGGCCCCAACCCCAGCUCCAGCGUCACGCCCCAUGUUCCUCAGGCCACUAUCCUUGGCGAGGCCCAUGUCAAGGCUCUCUUAGAGCUCUCUGCAAAGUUCACAUUCGAGAUCCGCGGCGGCCUCGUCGCCAUCCAGAACCUUCAUGGCAAGGCUGCCGCCGCCAGCUGGCGCCUCGUCUAUGAUCUAGAUGCCAAGGUCGAGAACAAGUUCCGCUUCGAGAUCUGCGAGCCCGGCCAGCAGGGCCGGGUUGUCACCAAUAUCCAAGGCCAGUACGUCUUCGGUCUCGCCGUCAGCCACAACGUGACGGCCUCUGGCGCUGUUGAGCUCGUCUGUGACACCGGCAGCCUCACACACGUCAAGGUCGAGAACGAGCGGGUCGUUGCCGUCACGGCUGUGGAGGCCAAGGCUGCCGUCGAGAUUGGCGUCGCCAUCUACCAGUGCGCCAGCAUCAACCAGUGCACCAAGUCUACCUGCAAGGGCAACGACUGCGGCUUCAACCUCGUCGCCAAUGGCGAGUCCGGCGUCGCCUCCGUCACCUACACCUUUGAGCAGUGCAAGUCUGGGUGCUUCUCCGUCAAGACCUGCGUCGCCAAGGAGUGCGGACCGGCCCAGCCGCGCGCCGAGGGCGUGGCCCCGGCCCGUGUCCCUGUCGAGCAGGUCCGCGCUGUCGCCUUCGCUGCCAUCACCACGCCUGCUGUGGACGUCAAGGCCCCUGGUGCUCAGGUCGCCCAAAAGAACCCCAGCCAGCCUCAGAAGGCUGCCUCUGAUGAGCCCAAGUGCAUUCCUCGCCGCUCGCAGGCCGCCGCUCCCGCCGGUCCUGCUCCCUCCGUCAAGCAGGCCCUUGCCCCCGUCGGCUCGGUUGCCCCUAUUUCCCCUGUCCAGCAGCAGUCCUCCGGCUCUGCUCCCGCCGUCAAGCAGGCCGUCCCUGGCCCCGUCGGCUCGAUUGCCCCUGUCGCCCCGGUCGCCCCUAUCCAGCAGCAGCCCUCCGGCUCUUCUCCCGCCGUUAAGCAAGCCGCCCCUGCCCCCGCCGGCCAGCCAAACGUGGCCCCCGCCAACAGAGUCGGUGACAUCCAAGCAAACGUUGAUACCCAAGCCACCGUCAAGGGUGGCAACCAGGCCACCGACAACACCAGCCAGCCCGCCUCUGGUCGCGCCGGCUCCAACCCUGGCGCCGCCAGCUCUGCCUCCGCCAAUCAGGGUCGCCCUAUCGGCGCUGCCUCCAAUGGCACCGCUGCCUCCGGACGUCCUAGUGCCGUCACUGCCGGCUCCGGCCGCGUCGCCGUUGCCUUCAGUAUCCUCGCCGGCAUUGUCGGCAUGACCCUUUUCAUGUAA